CUGUGUUCUGUGAAUGCAGCACCACUCGUUUUGCUGCCGCGCAAGAUCAAGCCACAGGUCGCUAGUUCAUGUAGCGGCGGAAAUAACGGGUGUUAUUCGGCUGCUCGUGUAAACACGGAGCCCAGUUUUCAUUUAGAGUGUCUAAAGUCAACCGAGGAUGCUAAAAUACCGAAACAGAACACCGUAGCGGUAUUAUCUGAGCUCGACAGGUCAUGUCUGAGACGGUUUGAAGGCGCACUGUUUGACAGUCAUGGAAGUAACGUUAACGCUUCACUGCUGUGGCGGGGCGGUUCAACUUCUCUGACAACUUUCGCUCUUUGAGUCCACAAUGGCGUCUGUUUUGGAUGAUCCAGCUUUAGAGAGACACUUCAAGGGCCAUAAAGAUGCUGUCACCUGUGCAGACUUCAACCCAAACUCCAAGCAACUGGCCUCGGGGUCAGUGGACAAAAGCCUGAUGAUCUGGAAUCUGGCUCCGAAGGCGAGGGCUUAUCGCUUUGUAGGGCACCAAGAUGCCAUCACUGGAGUGCAUUUCUCCCCCUCUGGUAACCUGGUGGCCACUUCUUCCAAAGACAGAACUGUUCGACUGUGGACACCUUCCAUAAAAGGAGAGUCAACGGUGUUCAAAGCUCAUACAGCAGCUGUACGCAGUGUUGCUUUCUCCCAUGAUGGCCACAGACUGGUGACGGCAUCCGACGACAAGUCUGUCAAAGUGUGGAGUGUUCACCGGCAGUGCUUCAUCUACUCGCUCAGCCAGCACACCAACUGGGUGCGCUGUGCCAGGUUUUCUCCAGAUGGGCGACUGAUAGCUUCCUGUGGAGACGACCGCACCGUCCGGCUGUGGGACACGUCCACCAAGCACUGCAUUAACUGUUUCACUGACUAUGGAGAAUCAGCCACGUUUGUUGAUUUCAACUCAAGCGGCACAUGUAUCGCAUCUUCAGGAGCUGACAGUUCACUGAAAAUCUGGGAUCUACGGACCAACAAGCUGAUUCAGCAUUAUCAAGUCCACAGUGCAGGAAUCAACAGUUUUUCCUUCCAUCCGUCCAACAACUACCUGAUCAGUGGCUCCAGUGACUGCACUGUUAAAAUCAUGGACCUGCUGGAGGGACGUCUCAUCUACACCCUCCAUGGACACAAGGGCGCUGUAAUCACAGUAUCCUUUUCCAGGCUUGGAGAUCUUUUUGCCUCAGGGGGAGCUGAUGGUCAGGUGCUGAUGUGGAGGACAAACUUUGACACCAAGUCCUAUCAGGACGUCCUACAGCAGCACAGCCGGAGGUCUAGCCCCGAUCCCCCACCCCACGUGACGGACAUCCACCCCAGAGGACCUCACCUUCACCGCCCACAGCCUUCAGCCAUUCAGAUCAGUCCAAAAGUGGCAGAUACUCAGUCCACUGAUCCACAUGUCAUAGAGUUGGGCCAAGCUGCUCACAGCACCACACUCUUAAACGCUCAGUCACACUUGGCGCCCAUGCAGGCCGCCGACAACAGUCACCAUUCCAACGGUUUGCCUCAGCGUCACGUGGGCAGUUCAAGAGCGGAAGGAUGGAUGCGAGACAAAAGUGGCGGUAGGGAAGGUGCGACUGCCGGGAGCCAGACUGGGGGCAACAGGAGAGGAAGAGGAAGGAGAGAGGAAGAGGAGAGAGGGCAGACGCACCCACUGGAAGUUCUCUCUAGUCAUCCAUCAUGUCUGGGCUCUACCCUGCGGCACAUUGUUCAACAGUUGGAUAUUCUCACGCAGACCGUUUCAGUGCUGGAGGAGCGUCUCACCCUGACUGAGGACAAGCUGAAGGAGUGUCUCCUCAACCAAUCCCAGCUUCUCAAAGAUGUGCGAUCAUCAGGAGGGAGGCGGAGGAUGGAGAGCGAGGAGACGGAUGGAUCACCUGUCGAUUCCACUUGAGGACAUCCUCGCCCUCCAUCAGACUGCAGCACAAACACACAAACCGAGACUGCUGGACAUGAGUGUGUGUGUUUGUGCCUAUGUACAUAUGUGUGUGAUUUGAAACGUCCUUGGUGGUCUCUCUCAGGGGUCAGCGGGUUAAUCAGGAUUUAGCCUAGGGUCAUUUGUUUGUGUGUGUGUAUGUGUGUGUGUGUAUGCAUGAGCAACAUAUUUUCUCCAUGUCUUUCUUCACCUCUUAAGGAUAUCCAGCUGUACAGCCAAGCACAGUCUGGCUGGGACAUUCCAGUGUGUGUGUGUGUGUGUGUGUGUGUGUGUGUGUGUGUGUGUCUGUGUGUCUGUGUGUGUGUGUCUGUGUGUGUUGAUAUGGGUGUUGCAUCCAAUCGAGACAGCUGCAGCUAUGAAAACAGACGGUGCUUGUCUGCUGUAUGACCUCUAAGUGUGCGUGUGUGUGUUUACAUGUGUACAUUUGUGUAUUAGCACAUGUUUUAGCAGUCGGUUGUUUCUGCAAUAACAUUUUUCAUUGUCAUCUGUGCAUCGUUGUAUGUUGCCAUGUCAUUUUAAAAAUAAAUGGUGCUACAUAUUGCCUCACAUGAUAUAAAUGUAAUUUAUAUGAAUAAAUGUUAUACUAUAUUGCA